GGCUCCCGCAGCGCCGCCGCCUCGCUGGGAGCCGGCUGCGGGCCGGGCCGGGCCGGGCCAGGCGAGGGGUGGGACGGGACAAGACGGGUGAGGCCGGGCGGAGGAGCGGGGUGGGGUUUAGCCGGCGAAGAGGCGCAGGAUGUCGGCCGCGCUGUACGUGCUCUCCACGCUGGGCGGAUACGUCCUCACCUCGGCGCUUCUCCUCAAAUGUCCGGGGCUGCUCCACCGACCCAAGCGGCAGCGCUUCCGUUGCCGGCACAUCUCCCACCGCGGCGGUGCUGGAGAGAACCUGGAAAACACGAUGGCAGCCUUUCACCAUGCGGUUAAUUUAGGAACGGACAUGUUGGAGCUGGAUUGUCACCUGACGAAAGAUGAGCAAGUGGUUGUGUCCCAUGAUGAGAACCUGAAGAGAUCAACAGGAGUUGAUGUCAACAUAUCCGACCUCAAAUACUCUGAACUUCCACCAUAUCUCUGCAAGUUGGAUGUCACGUUUCAGAAAGAAUGUCACUGUGAGGGAAAAGACAACCGUAUUCCGCUCCUGAAAGAGGUGUUUGAGGCAUUUCCACAAACUCCCGUCAACAUUGACAUCAAAGUGAACAACAAUGUGUUGAUCAGAAAGGUUUCUGAGCUGGUGAGUCAGUAUAAGCGAGAGCACUUGACGGUAUGGGGGAAUGCAAAUUAUGAGGUUGUAUCCAAGUGUCUUAAGGAGAACGCUGACAUUCCCAUCAUCUUCUGUCUGCAACGUGUCCUCCUGCUUCUUGGUCUCUUCUACACAGGUCUGCUGCCAUUCAUUCCUUUCAAGGAAGAAUUCUUGGAAAUUCCCAUGCCUUCCAUCAUCCUCAAGCUGAAAGAACCUCAGAAGAUUACAAGAAGCCAGAAAUUUGUUAUCUGGCUAGCUGACACAUUGCUAAUGCGGAAAGCACUUUUUGACCACCUCACUGCUCGGGGCAUUCAGGUGUAUAUUUGGGUACUGAAUGAAGAACAAGAAUACAAGAGGGCGUUUGAUCUGGGAGCAACCGGAGUGAUGACAGAUUAUCCAACAAAACUUAAGGAGUUUUUACACAAUUAUCCAGCAUAAAGGAAGAAAACCGAGGAGGUUCUUGCAGAAUAGCUUGAGAGCCAAGGAUUUUCUUAAAAAAAAAAAAAAAUUUGAAAAAAAAAAAAAAGAGCAGCAUACACAGAUCAUUCUUUGAAAGAUGUAAUUGGAUGAUCUAUUACCUUGUUGUCAAGUUGCUACCUAAUGUAAAGGUUGUCUAUUUAUUUUAAAACUUUAAUUACAUAGUUUACAUUUGUAAAUAGCUCGUUUAGCAACGGUGCACUUCACAAGUAGCGAUGACUAGAAAGAAAGUUGCUGGGUAGGAAACCUGUAGAUAAUAAGUGUUAUUUUACCUGUCACAAAUAUCCCUAAGCAGAUAUCAAGACAUGUCAGUUAUUCCAGUUUUAUAUUCUAGUGGGCAGAAACUAAAGAAUUUCUGAAAAUGUACGCUGUGUAUGCAUCUCUUGUGUUGCUUUCAGUUUUCAGAUAACUUGUAGGACAAAAAAGAAAAGCACAGGAGAAACAGAAGGCAGACUCUGUGGGUAGGCAGAUGGUUUAGCCUGUGGAGUGUAGUCAGUGAAGGCGGUCACUUUUUUAUCAGAUUAGCUCACUUGGUCAGUAUAGAUUUACUCCAUUAUUCUUACUGAUAAGAAUGUUGAGUUUGAGUUGUGAUUGUAUUUAGAUUCCUUUCUGAUGUGAUGAUAAUAGCGUGAUUUACUGGUCAAGGCUACAUUUGCCUCUGGUUCUGACCUGCCUGUCAGGCUGCCGUGGCAUGGCAGUAGUUAGCUUUCCAGAAAGGAAGAUUGCACUUAUUACACUUUCUUUGAAGUAGUCUUUUCACAAAGGAAACCAAUGUUCUUGCACAUUUGUAGUUCUAACAUCUGUUGGCUUGGUGAAUGGGAAGUUGUUUUUUGGGUGAGGGCCCAAAGAAGACUCAGUUUGGUCAGGAGUUUCAGGAACAAGUUAAAAUGUUCCUGUUAAACGAAUUCACCCAAAACAGAUUUAUAUGAAUACAUACGAAAGGAGCAAGUGUCAGUCUUGGGGUGCUUGUAAAUUUUAGUCUUUUCUCUCUGCAAAAGUACAUUCAAUAUUCACUAAAGUUUAUGCGCAUGGACAUGGAAGUCACUCUACUGGCAAAAGCCAUGAAACCCCAAGUGUAAUGAAAUGGGGUUUGAUAAGAAUGUAUUUCGGGGAGCUUACAUGCUGUUCUGUCAUUGUCAACAGGUGUUAUGUGUGUGUCAAACAGGUUUGAGCCUGCCACGCCUGCGUGCUUUGGUGUUGUCAUGCUAGUGGUAGGGGUUUUCAGAAGGAAUCUGAUUACUGUAGCUUAAUUAUACACAAUGACAUGUAUAAAGCUCAGUCAUCUAAUCAUCAGAUACUGCUGGAACAAAACUAUGGUUUAGUGAUAGUAUCUACUUCUUUAAGGAACUUUAUGUGAAAAUCAUGGACCUUAAUAACAAAUAUAGUACCCAGAUGCAAGAGUAUAUUUACUGCAAGAUAUACUCACUGUUAGAAAAACUUGAAAAGUAAUUUUUUUCCCUCACUAGCUCGGAUUUGGAAGGGCUGUUUUGUCACUCCACUGGCUGCUGUGCCAUCCUUGUAAUCAUGGAGCAUCUUUGCCAUUUCAUUAUGUUUCUCAGUAGGCUGUCAGUGUUAGAAUGUCAAGUCCAUCUGGAUGGAUAAUAUUUGUACAUUAUAAUUCCUUUCUGAGGAAUAUUUCUACGUGGAUGAAGUGGAAGAAACUACUGCAUUUACCAUUUAAGUGAACACGUGAUGAUGGUAGCAAAGGAGUUAAUGGUGUCCUUCUAAAUAUCUGCCUGGUUAAGAUGGCUGUAAAUUCAAUUUCCUCUUAAUCAGGCUGGUUGCUCGUUGAAUGGAAGAGAGGGAAAUGUAACUUCCUCCUAACUGUUCAUAGGAAAAAAGAUGAAAUUAUUUAUUAUGCACUAAGUUUUUUGUUUCCCUUUCAGACCAGUUAUGUCCAGUCAGGUAACUGCUAAUAAUUAGGCUAGUCAUAGUUCUGCUGCUUUCCGUAGACACAGAAUAGUUGCAGAAUAGGCUCCAUAUACAGCUCAGUAGGUAAAUUAAAAACUGUCUUAAUUUGGUUUACUAACCAGUGUGGAGCUCCAGACAGUUUUUAUGCAGUGUGAUUUUCUUCAACUCAAUUUUAUUGCUAUUGAAUUUCCAACACGGACGCCUAGAUUAAGAUGCAACUAUAAUUCUGGUUUUAGACAAUCCUACCAAAUAGCACUUACACAUUAAAUUUUUUUUAGGCUAGGAAAAGUGAAGUUUUAAAAUACCAGUCUUGAUUUCUGGAUUUGAUCUCUCAAGGGACAGGUGAUGACUCAGUUUCUCCCAAGUUGCCCUCGUCACUGGAUAAAUAAGCUAUUUUACUUUAUUAUAUUGAAUGACAAAGCACAGUUAUUGAAAUGAAAAACUUAUGGUUUUUUAAUUUCAUUUUAAGCUUUUUCAUCUUUCUCUCUAGCAAUGGUGUUGGAAACUUCUGCCUUCAAAGAUGCUCAAUGCAUUUUUAAACCACUAGUCUUCCUACAUCUGAUGUAGCUUUUGACUGUGCUGUUUAUACAUGACCUCUCUUUGAUAAAUCUGUCUGAAAUUUGAGUCAAGUUACGCGGGAGGGAAGGGGUUCAGGACUGGAAAAGCUGCUGAAUUUAUUCAGUCAUCCACUUGGGCUUUAGUACAAGAGCUGGAGUUUGAUCUCUGGAGACAGAUAGUGUUGCAUGGAUGGGGCUGUGAAUUUGAGCACCAAUGCACCAGGGCUGAGGCCAUGAUAACUGUUUGUAACAAAAGAACAUGGAAUUGAGGUAACUGUAGAAUGUUUGUUCUAUCAAAUCAUUGUUUUGAAUAUUCCAGAACUUACUGUGUGAUUUUUAAACCACUUGUACAGAAAAGCAUUUGUUGAGAACUUGCACAGCUGUCCAGGAUGAUGUUUGGUUAAUCUCUCUCUCCAAGGAGAGAUUUCUUUUCAGGUACUUUUAACUCCUAAGUAUUGUUUAACACUUACUGUGUUCUCAACCCAGUUGCAAAAUACUUUAUGUAUGAAGGAUGCUGCAUGUAUUUCAUGCACUUUUAAUUUGCAGAAAGUCUUGUGGACCUCUCUAGCUCCAAAUCUAUGAAGUGAUUUUUCUUUUCUUGUAAAGAAAGACUGAUGCUCUUGAAAUGUGACACAUUAAAACAUCUUUGCUCAUAAAAGAUCUAAGACUAAA